AUGACUGCGAAUAUGGCUACCUCAACUGCGACCACGACCUCCGUGUCAAUAAACAAUUCCACUUUCAGACUCACAGGACCUUACGGUGACUGGCGUGAUGACCUGCAAUCUCAAGGUUUCGCGGUUGUAAAGAAUGCAAUCGCUCCUGAGAAAGCCAAGUACUAUCAACAAAAAGCGCUGGACUGGCUCACGUCCUUCAAUACUCCCCUAGAUCUGAAAGAUCCAUCGACAUGGACGGUCGAAAACCUACCGUUUCAAGGCAAAUCAAACACUUUCAACAAAUAUAGUGUUGCUCAUGAGAAGUUCAUGUGGGAGGCGCGUAUGGAACCCAAAGUUCUAGAUGCCUUUUCCAAAAUCUGGGGAACUGAUAAGCUACUUGUCUCUUUCGAUGCGUUGAAUGUCACUUUACCAAACAUGGUGGACAAACCCACCCGAAAGCCUUGGCCACAUGUGGAUCAGUCGCCCUUACGUCGAGGCCUCCAUUGUAUUCAAGGCAUUAUCAACUUGAGCCACGCCGGUCCCGAGGACGGAUCUCUAAUUGUACUUCCACGGUCUAAUACGAUUACCGAACACUUUUUCGAUACUCAGACCGACUCAUUAACUUGGGAUAAAAAUGAUAUUCGAUGGAUUAGUGAGGAUGAAAUGAAGUGGUUCCAAGCGCGCGAUAUGAAGCCCACAAAGGUUAUGGCGGAGCCUGGCGACUUGAUUCUAUGGGACUCGCGCACCAUUCAUUGGGGCGGGGAGCCCAGCGCUCAAAGCAACACAAUUCGAACCGUUAUUUACGCAUCGUACUCGCCAGCGCACUGGGCGACUGCAGAGGCACUUGAGCGAAAGAAAGAAGCGUUCGAAGCGUUUCAAGCAACGACACACUGGGCUCACGAUAAUAUUGUCCCCCGCGAAAAAGAAGCUUAUCUCCCCGAUGGAAGUCUGGAUUCCCGCAAUCGGUCUAGACCUCUCGAGGAACCAGAACAUACCGAGCAUUUGCUCCGGCUUGCAGGGGUCAAGCCGUAUUAA